AUGGAGACCAAGAGACUGCUAUUCUGGAGACAAAGGCAAGUGCUAUUUCUCCUUUUGUUUUGGGGUGUGUGCUUAGAUGGUUCUGAGUUUGGACUUUAUUCAGUGGCUGAGGAAUCAGAAAGAGGAUCAUUUGUGGUCAAUCUUGCACAGGAUCUAGGGCUAAGGGUGGAGGAGCUGUUUGCAAGGAAAACUAGAGUGGUUUCUGAUUCUUACAAACAACACUUGCUCUUGGAUUCUCAUACUGGAGAUUUGCUCACAAAUGAAAAACUAGACCGGGAGAAGCUAUGCAGCUCCACAGAGCCCUGUAUUCUAUACUUUCAAAUUUUAAUGGAUAACCCCUUUCAGAUUUACCGGGCUCAACUGAGACUUAUGGAUAUAAAUGAUCAUGCACCAGUAUUCCCAAACAAAGAAAUGGUAUUGAAAAUACCAGAAAAUACCGCUGAAGGGACAGCAUUUCCACUACAAAGAGCGCAGGACUUGGAUGAAGGACUAAAUGGUAUCCAAAAUUACACCAUCAACCCCAACCUCAUUUUCCAUAUUGAAAUUAGCGACAGUGAUGAAGGCAUAAUAAAUCCAGAGCUUGUGCUUGACAAAACUCUGAACUGGGAGGAUCAGCAGGAGCUCAGUUUAACACUGACAGCAUUGGAUGGUGGGAUUCCACCCAGGUCUGGAACAGCCACUGUACAUAUUGUGGUUGUGGACAUCAAUGAUAAUGCCCCUCAGUUUUCACAGGCAGUUUAUGAGACCCAAGUUCCAGAAAACAGCCCUAUAGGCUCUGCUAUUGUUAAAGUCUCAGCAGAAGAUGUUGACUCAGGAGUCAAUGCAGAAAUAUCCUAUUCUUUUUUUGAUGCAUCUGAAGAUAUUCAGGCAAUGUUUCAGAUCAAUCCUUUGUCUGGGGAAAUAAUUCUCAAAGCAUCGCUUGAUUAUGAGUUAGUGAAGUCUUACAAAAUAAAUAUUCAGGCAGUUGAUGGAGGGGGCCUUUCUACAAGAUGUACAGUUAGGCUUCAGGUAUUAGACAUUAAUGACAAUCCUCCCGAACUGAUUAUGUCAUCACUUUCAAACUACGUUGAAGAAAACUCUCCUGAGUCCAUACUGGCAGUUUUUAGAGUUAAAGACAGAGACUCCGGGGAAAAUGGAAAGAUGGAUUGUUCUAUCCAAGAAAAUCUCCCUUUCCUUCUGAAACCAUCUGUGGACAAUUUUUACAUACUAAUGACAGAAGGAUCCCUAGACAGAGAAAGCAGAGCUGAAUACAACAUCACCAUCACCGUCACCGAUUUGGGGACCCCCAGACUGCAAACCCAGCACACCUUCACCCUGCAGGUGUCCGACGUGAACGACAACGCCCCCGAAUUCACGCAGUCGUCCUACACCCUGUGGGUCCGCGAGAACAACAGCCCCGCCCUGCACAUUGGCACCAUCAGCGCCACAGACAGAGACUCGGGCAGCAACGCCCAGCUGACCUACUCGCUGCUGCCCGGCCCGCAGCCCGGCGCCGACGCGGCGGCGGCGCUGGUGUCCAUCAACGCGGACAGCGGGCAGCUGUUCGCCCUGAGGGCGCUGGACUAUGAGGCCCUGCAGGCGUUCGAGGUGCGCGUGCGCGCCGCCGACCGCGGCUCGCCCCCGCUCAGCAGCCAGGCGCUGGUGCGCGUGCAGGUGCUGGACGCCAACGACAACUCGCCCUUCGUGCUGUACCCGCUGCAGAACGCGUCUGCGCCCUGCACCGAGCUGCUGCCCAGGGCGGCCGAGCCGGGCUACCUGGUGAGCAAGGUGGUGGCGGUGGACCGCGACUCGGGCCAGAACGCCUGGCUGUCGUUCCAGCUGCUCAAGGCCACGGAGCCCGGGCUGUUCAGCGUGUGGCCGCACAAUGGCGAGGUGCGCACCGCCAGGCUGCUGAGCGAGCGCGACGCGCCCAAGCACAGGCUGCUGCUGCUGGUCAAGGACAAUGGCGAGCCGCCGCGCUCGGCCAGCGUCACGCUGCACGUGCUGCUGGUGGAUGGCUUCUCGCAGCCCUACCUGCCGCUGCCCGACGCGGAGGCGCCCGAGCGCGCGCAGCCCGACCGCCUCACUGCCUACUUGGUCAUCGCGCUGGCGGCCGUGUCUUCUCUCUUCCUCUUGUCUCUGCUGCUCUUCGUGGCCGCCAGGCUGUGCAGGAGGAGCAGGGCGCGCUCGCUGGCCGGCUGCGCGCUGCCCGAUGGCCCCUUGCCUGGACACCUGCUGGACGUGAGUGGCACGGGGACUCUGGCCCACAGCUACCAGUAUGAGGUGUGUCUGCAGGGAGGUUCUACUGGGAGUAGCGAUUUCAAGUUCUUGAAACCGAUUUACCCUAAUAUUUAUGCUCCUUGUAAUAAUGAUGAAAACCCCACCUUUUGA